GAUUUGGUCCUAGAGGAAUGCAUGGUCCAGGAUUUACUGGCCCCCGAGGACUGUUAGGACCACCUCCCAUUGGACUUGGGUCAGUUUUAGGUGGUCGACCCCCACUUAUGGGUGAAAUAGGAGGAAGACCAAAUGGACCUGGAGGCCCAGGGAUGCCUGGACAACGUCCAAGUAUUUGGAUGGAUGGACCAGGUCCUAGGUUUCAAGGACAUGACCCUCAUGGAGGGCCUCAAGCCCUUAGAGAUGGCAUUCCAGAUAGACCCCCUUGGGAAACUGAUCGAUCCCGUGAUGACAGACCAGGUGAAAUGGAUCGAUUCCGAGACGAUCGUGCAAGAAGUGAUGACAGAACACGUGAUGUUGACAGGGAGCGCUCUCGAGAUGACCAUUUCAGAGAUGACAUUUCCAGAGAGGAUCGUCCAAGAGAUGACCGCUCUAGGGAUGACCGCUCAAGAGAAGAACGAUCAAGGGAUGAUAGAUCUAGAGAUGAGCGUGACAGGUCAAGGGAUGAUCGCUCUCGAGAUGGACGUUCAAGAGAUGAUCGCUCGAGGGAUGAACGCUUCAGAGAUGAACGUUCCAGAGAUGAUCGCUCAAGGGAUGACCGUUAUCGGGAGGAUCGGUACAGAGAUGAUCGAUCAAGAGAUGACCGAUCUAGAAGUGAUCGCUUUAGAGAUGACAGAUCUAGGGAUAGCCGUCCCAGAGAUGACAGAUAUCGGGAUGAUAGACCUCGAGAUAUGGAUAGACCUUGGGAUAAUAAUAGGUAUCGUGAUGAAAGACCCAGAGAGUUUGAGCGUAGAGAUGAAAAGAGAUCUUGGGAAACGAGGUGGGGUCCACAGAGGGAAGAGGAAAGUAAUGUGGCAGCUGCUGAAGAAGCUGAACCUGAUAGCUGGGAUAUUUGGGCAAAGAUGGCUUCUGGCAAUCAGAGUGAGAAUGCAGCCAAUAGUUUUGAUGAAACAAAUAAACCAGGUGAUGAUUCAAAACUGAAUGCAGAUGCUGAAGGGAAGAAGGAUAUAGAUGCUGCAGAUAAGGAGAAAGGAGAAGCCAAGGAAGAAACAGGACAACCAAUGGAAAUACAAGAAAUAAAAGAGGAUAAAGGAGAAUCCAUGGAAACCAAAGAAUUGACGAGUAAAAAUGAUGGAGAACCAGAAGAAAAAGACGCUCCAAAAUGUGUUGAAAACAGUUCUCAAGGAACUGAGGAACCACAUUCAAAAUCUGAGGUGAAAGAUGAGAGCUGGGAUGCCAAAACAAAGGAAGAAAUUGCAGAGACCGAAAUGAAGGAGGGUGUUUUGAUUAAGACGACUGAAAAUCUGGAUGAUCAGCUCUCCAAGAAAUGUUCAGAAACUAGUACAACAAUGGUAACUGAGCAGCUACAAAAGCCAGAAGUAGCUGUUGCUGAUAUUGAACAUCCUGUUGUGGAUCAUCCAAUUCUUGAUAAGUCUCCUGUAUCAUCAGAUACCAAAUGGGAUCAAGGAGAGCAAUAUGCUGAAAAGAAAGUUGUUCCAGAUAUUGUAAAUAAGGAGGAUUCAGCUGCAGAGGUUAGAUUGGAAACAAACACAGCGGGCAAAGAGGAUAGUUCUCCUCCAGCACCAAAAGAUGAACAAGAAGAAAGUAGUGCAGCUAAGGUACAGCCUAAUGCCACAAAAGAAAUAGAUAUGUUUGAAGAUCAUAGUAGUAUGCCACAAGAAACGUCAGCGGAUUCAUCAUCUCAAGAAGCACGUAAAUUUGGUGCAGAAUUCAUGCCACCUCCUGCUGUUCCUCAAAACACAUCAUUUUCAUCUGAGCAGGACUCUCGCAUGGAAUUUGAGGAAUCAGAAGAUCAUCAAGAAGUUUUGUCACCAAGUGUUGAUGAAAUAAGUCUAGAGGCAAGUAUGAAUAUAACUAAUAUAACAAAUCAAGAUGAAAAUUUAAACACAGAACAAGUUGAUAGGGAUGGAGAUGGUCAAGCCAACGAAGGCUUCGAUGAUAGUAUGGACCAACCCAGUGAGACUAGGGAUGGCCGGGAUGGUCAAGAAGAAGAAGGUGAUGGUCAAAUCAAUGAGGAUUAAAAUUAUUGCUAAGGAAACUUUAAUUUAUAUAAAUUUACUGUGCCUAAGCAAAAGAUAGUGUAUAUGAUAAAUUGUGUAAGUGAAGCUCAGUAGACUUCAUGCAUUACAUAUUAACUUUGAAAAUGGUUUAAGGAACAUGGACUAAUGUAUCGGAUGCAAGUGGUUAAAGGAACAUGGACUUAUGUAUCGGAGGCACUGGACAACUAGUGACUCCUAACAAAUUCAGAUGUUCAACAAUUAACAAAGUUUGUCUCAUUGUCUGCUCAAAAUUGGAAGAGAAGUGGUAGUGUUUCUUGUUAGACAUGCACGAAGAGACAGUAAUACGUGACUGAGGCGUACCUGAAUUUUACACGGAUUUGAUGCCGUAAGUGACGAGCCUACCUGUGAUAAAGGAAGUUUUGAUUAUUUAUGUUCCUCAGGCAAGUGACUCUGUACCUUUUGGCUGUGAUGUAGAAUGUAGGAGACUCCUAAGUUGUAAAGGUUUUAGCUUUUUGACUGUUAUUUUUAAAAAUUUUAUCCAAUAAAUUUUAGACUAUUUUGCUUAGAUGGCCUAUUUCAUUUGUCCAAAGGUAAGGAUUACACAAGAAUAACACUUGUACAUAUUAAAUGGAUAAAGGAUGUGUAUCAGAUGUGCCAUUUGAUGGACUGUAUUAAGUAGAGACAUUUCUUGAAAAUUCAUAUAAAAAUACCAAUCAUGGUAUAACUAGCAUUAUGCCUAGUAAGGUACAUGUCCAUUAGGUACAUGAGUCACGCUGGAUGAUGUACGACUCAGGUAGGUCAGUAACUUCGGCAUCAACAACUACAACAAUCUCCAGUCAGCGCAGCGAUGGACCCCGCAUGAUCACUCUAAUGUAGUGGUUCAUGCAAGGUAUAGUACCAAGCGAUGAUCAACAAGUGUACAGAUGAAACAAGUGUACAGUGCACAUCUACAAUCAAGUGAAAACUGCCCAAGUGAACCUGAUAACUUAAAGUGGGGCACAUUUGCCCAUUUUCAUCAAGCAAUGUAACCUACUGCAAGAAGUGAAUGAGAAGUGGUAUUUAAAAAAGGAUCAACAAUUUUGUGCUGCCAAAAGUUUUUCCCUUCCAUUGUGUGCUGCUGAUUAGUUUAACAUUUUAAAAUUUUAUGUCAUAUUUUUAUUCAGUACACCUAUCAAUUAUCAUUGAAUUUGAGGCCUUGAUUAAUGUUAUUCAAAAUUGAUAUUUUGUAUAUACGAAAGGGGCCUGUUUGGUGUGCUCUCUCACACUUGUUUAAUCUGUUUUGUGGUGGUUUGGGCGAGAGCUGGGCCCCACUCACCUUAAACCCAAUCCAUCACAGUAUUGCGUAGUUUGUUUUGACUUCAGUCACAAGCCUUGACACCUCUCUUAGCUGUUCCACCAUUGUAACUGCCCCUGCCCACUACAGAAGUAGGGCUUUUUAACAAUAUCCCCUCUGGCAAAUUACUGCAAUGCAGUAAUCACCAGACCUGAGCCUUUGAAGCCCGAUAACUUGUAUAGUUUUUGCAACCUGUCAUUAUGGUAUCUAUAUAAAGAGUAGUUGUGGAUUUUUCAAAGUAAAUGUCAGUGUUGUUUUUCAAUUUACCUUAGCUACUGUAUUAAUUUAUUGAAAUGGUUUGAUGGAAAAAAAGCAAGAGUGAUAGGUGUUGGCUUGAAGACUGAUAUUGUUUAUCUACAAAACUAUGAAAAUAGUAAGCCUUAAAUGUGAUAAUUAACUGAAGGUUCUUUGGUUUUAUGGAAUUUAUUUGGCUGCUGAUGAUGCAUGGACACCAUUGAUAUAUAUACUGUAUAUCUGUUGCAUUUAUAUGUGUUUAUAUGUGUAAUGAAUAUGUAUACACAUAUAAAAGCUUUUCAACAUACAGCAUAUAUAUGUAUGUAUAUCCACCUUCUUGAUUGCAAUAUGAGCUUGUAUCACAUUUAAGUGUGAUUUGAGACAUACGUUGGUGAUUGAUGGUGUAAUUUUAGUAUUAAGCUUAUAUCAUUAGUGUAGAAGUGAGUGUAGGCAUCUGUACCACAGACAGUGGUAUCUGGUGAGCCCCUUAUAAAGCGAUCAUUUUCGCACUCCCAUAACAGCUACACCACCACCUCAGAAUUUAUGAUAGCUCGUUUUGGGGCUUCAUUGUAUGCUGUGCUUACUUAAUGUAGUAAUAAAGUGUUUGUACUC